GCGCUGUAACAGAUAUUAAAUUCAAAUUACACGCGCGAAUCCUAUUCGUCGAAAAUUUUGCGCUCAGAUGUGAAUUGAACCGCCGGUUUACCAAUCAGAGAGGCUCGUGCAUGUCCGUGAGCAUUCGAACGACGACGGCGUUAAACCACGCCCAUCGCUGCUGACCAGAGAGGGAAGAGCUGGUAAUUCACUCUGCGAAGCAGCAAUAUGAGCGUUUAUACUGUUUCUUGAGAAAACGCGCGACGUGACGAAAUCUCAUAGUCGUAAAAUCGCGCGUCGGAAAGUGUCAUCGGGUCGCGCGCCGUUCGCGGAUUUCAGUGAGUGAUACAGUGUCGUGAUUGGUUUCGUUUCGUUCACGGUGUGACGAUUUUUGGUUAGUUUCCCAAGGCCCCCGGAAAGGAUAUCGCCGCUCGUCGGUUCAUUUGCCUCGAGGAAUUGCCUUCGGUUGCUGCUGAAAACUUGAGAAAAUCGUGAGCAGUACCGAGGGUCGUUGCUCAACCAUGGCGUCCUACCAAGGUGAAAGGAAUUUCUCGACUUAGGCUAGGAUGUCACAUCACAGCGACGACAACAUGCUGAUAGCAACCUCGGACUCCUUCUGGGAGCCGGGUAACUACAAACGAACGACCAAGAGGAUCGAGGACGGGCACAAACUGUGCGACAGUUUGAUAGCACUGGUGCAAGAGAGGGCGGAGAUCGAGAAGAGUUACGCGAAAGCGUUGAAAAAUUGGUCGAAGAAUUGGAACGACAAGAUCGAGAAGGGACCAGAGUACGGAACCACCGAGGCUGCGUGGAAGGGUGUGCUUGUCGAGUCCGAGAGGCUGUGUGAUCUUCACCUCAGGGUCAAAGAGAAUCUUUGCAACGAUAUCAUUCAGCAGGUGAAAACGUGGCAGAAGGAGACCUAUCACAAGUCGAUGAUGACGCUGAAGGAACGAAAGGAGAUGGAGGACGCGUUCAAGAAGGCGCAGAAACCAUGGGCGAAGCUUCUGCAGAAGGUUGAAAAAGCAAAGUCCGAGUACCACAACAGUUGCAAGACCGAGCGAACCGCGGCGAACAUGGAAAGGAACGCAUCGGCGGACAGUUCACUUUCCCCUGACCAGAUGGCCCGAGGCUCUGAAAACAUGACAGUAUGUGGAUGUGAUGCAUGGGGCCACAGAAUACGAAAAGCCUUUAGGAAAACUAAGAUAGGAGACGUUCAGCUUGUGAAGAAGAUGCAGGACAGGGUGCAGAAGACGAAGGAAGAAGUACAAAAGGCGAAGGAGAAAUACGAGGCUGCGUUGCAAGAAAUUAAUCAGUACAAUCCGAAAUAUAUGGAGGAUAUGACGCAAGUGUUCGAAAAGUGUCAAGAAAUGGAGGCGCAGCGGCUUCAGUUCUUCAAGGACGUUCUCUUCGGCAUUCACAAAUGUCUGAAUAUAUCUCAGGAUCCAAUUCUUCCACAAAUAUACGAAGAAUUCUACCAUACAAUUAACAACGCGGAUCACGAAAAGGAUUUGAAAUGGUGGUCGAACAAUCACGGUGUAAAUAUGGCAAUGAAUUGGCCGCAGUUCGAGGACUACACAGAGGAGUUCCGUGACAUCACCAAGGGCUCAAAGUCGAAGGAGGCUCUUCCUGCUGGCUCCAUCACGCUCAUCAAUCAACGCCCGGUCGGCGAGGAUGUGCAUGAAUAUCCGCCAGUUAAUAAUAAAUCAAAAUCGAAGCCCAGUUCCCGGGUGAUAUCAACAGACGGUGGUCACGGGGAUAGCAAAACUGAUACGAUGGAUUCUAGUAAACACUCUUCAGAGAAAAAUAAUCACGAUGGUAACGCAGUGAACAGGACCUCCACGAUGACUAAUGGUACGAAUGCGAAGCAAGAAUCAAAUCCAUUUGAGGAAGAAGAAUGGGACGAAGAUAGUGGUGAACCAUUGGUAGAUAAUGGAGAACCAGGUGUCCUCGUGCGCGCGUUAUAUGAUUACGAAGGUGCCGAGGCAGAUGAACUUAGCUUUAAGCAAGGCGAUGUAUUCGACAAGUUAGAAGAUGAGGACGAGCAAGGAUGGUGUAAAGGACGAAAAGACGGCAGAGUAGGUCUCUAUCCUGCAAAUUACGUAGAACUUGUGUCUCCGUAAAGCUACCGCAUAACGCCAAAUCACAUGAACAUUGUUAGUUACUUAACACGCAACGCGUACGAAAGAAAAGGAAAAAAAACGAAUUUUUAUUUUGUUGUUUAUUUCUAUACAAAAAAUAGCAAGCUCGUUAAAAAAAGAAAGAAGAAGGAAGAAAAUUUAUAAAUGUCGUUGAACAAGACUCUAUAUUAGGAAGAUCGUUCAUUUCGUGUGAUAUAUAUGUAUAACAAGCGUUGGGAAGAGACAAGAAAAAUCUUACGAUUCGACGUUAUGAUCGAAAUUCGAAGAGAGCUGUUAUAAGCAGUGAGAAAGAAAAAUUGCGUGCAUCUACUUCAUUCUGUUUCUCAGAUCGAUGUAGAAUCGACAAGAUAGAACUUAAAAAGAAAGAAAAGAAAACGAAACUCUUGCCCCUGAUGGGUAGCUGAUUUUCGUAGCUUUAUAUCCAUCUUUAUAAAUUAGUGCUAAACGACAAGAUGGAUACAUACAGAUACACCAUGAGUAUAUUGUAAGUUUAGAUUUUUGAGAUAAUGUACAAUUUCAAAAAAAAAAAAAAGUUUCAACUCAUUAUUAGCAUCGUUGCUAUGAAAUAUUUUGGCGAAUGCGACGAAAAGUAUAUUUAAUUUAUUGUUAUUCAAAUGAUACUAUUAAAACCUAUUCUUUCCGAAUGGUAUCGUUGUAUAUAAUAGAUUUAAGAACGUAAUGAUAUGUAAAGUUGCAAUUGUUUAAUGAAGUUGAGAUUUUAUGAUGUUCGAAUCAGCAAGAAAUGCGAAGGAGAAUGCGUCGUAAGUACAUGAAAUGUACCAAACGAAUAAAUUUGGGACCCAGAAUUGCCCAAUUUUUUCUUUUUUCUGUUUCUUUUUUUUGUUUAAUAAUUACAAUCUUUUAUUGUUGAAAAAAAAGUUGGAAAAUUAUUUAUAAGAAAUAAAAAGUUAUGAUACUAUGAGAAUAUUUGCGUUAUGAGAAGUUUUCGUCAUUAGUUAAUGUGCUUUUUGUACAUAAUUUCUUAUAUGGAAGCAAUGUUUAAUGAUCGUUUAUGAGAAACUGCAGUCGUAAUAUCUUUUUUAAUUGAAAAAUUUUAUAUGAAAUGAAAUAUAUAAUACUGAAGAUAUUUCAUAUAAUCAUUACUCAUUUUCUAAUAGAUGUAACUAACAUGAUGAUGUAUAGAUGAUUGAAAAAUUGGAAGUGAAAGCGCAAAAUUGUUAAAUUUUAAUUAUUAAAUACGUUCUUUCGUAUUACAACAAAUUACUUACUGUUAAGUUAAUCGAUGUACUUUCAUGAAUACAUGCUUUCAAGAAAUAUUUGUAGUAUAUAGACGCUGUUUUAAGAACAGAAACAACACUGCGGAGUAAUUAGAAAACCGAACGAACUAUAGAUGCGAAUAGUUCGAGAAAGAAAGCAUUUAUAAUUUUCGACGAGACAAAUCCGAGAGUUAGCACUAACGAAGUCAUUUCUUAUUUAAUAAGGUCUCUUUAAUUUUGCAAACGCGCUCAGAUGAAUCAACUUACAAGUCAAGUUUUCAUGGUAUAUAGUGAUAAAUGCUAGUUAUUCAUCACGAGUAAAUAACGUGUCACUAUACACAGUAUUUAUGUAAAUAUAGUAGGAGUAUAAUAACAUUUACAAUUCAGCCAGCGACUGAUUUUUGUAAUUGUUUACAUCAUUAGUCCUCCAAAUUAUUUUCUGUAAAGAGUGUUCGCGAUUCCAUGAUUGUUAAAUAGAUUAUAGUUUGUGUAUAAAAUUUAUUAUGUAUAACUUAAUAAAUAGCAUAUAUACGAAA